AUGUCCGACUCUGAGACCAUCGAGCUAGCCGCUCUGGGCCGACCCUUCCAGCUGGGGAUGCUGUAUGACUGUCGCAGAGAUGUCCUCAUUCCAGGUACAGGAAACUAUUACUAUUUGGUUUGGAGGUAAUGCAUAUUGAUUAUCUUAAAUUCAUUGACAGUGUUUCCACCAUUGAGUUGGAUAGAGGGCACACUGUUCUAGCAUGGGGAACGCCAUUGACGGCUUUCACCAUUUUAAAAUAGUUUCUAUGGACGUUCUCAUUCCAGGUAGUUUACAUAGACAAUUUUCUCAGUGAAAUCUGUAACCUCUUUGUCUCCUGUGUACUCAAACAAUAGUUCACACCACUUUUCUCAUAGUCCAGCCUGGCAGAAUUAGCCACUAUGCUGAGGACGACCAGCUGAGCAUAUAAUUAUAUCAGGUAACAGAUUCUGUAUUAGCCAAUUAAAAUUGUUGACAUAGUUGGACAUGAUCCAACACUUUUUUCACAAAAGUGUCCUUACCAGAAAUCCACUGGCACGUUCUGCUAUUCAACUUACCUAGAUCACAAGUAAUAGCAUGACUGCUAACAUUGUAGAGUGCGGAGUUCCUGAAAUUCUUUGCAAAUUGCGGCACAGGUUCCUAACCCCCAUGGGAUGUAUGUUUUUUCCCCUUUGAAAUUUAGAAUUACAUUUAUUGUGUUAGUGUGUUGAAAACCGAAGUGCAGUCAACACCUUGAAAAUGAAGAUUAAGAAUGAUUUAUGAUUUAAUAAUACGUCUUUCUUCAACCUUGUAGAUAACACUCUAAGAUGGCCUAAUAAUCAUAUUAUAUUACAUGGAUGCACAUUUAUAAUUAUCUGCUUUGUCACAUGCGUUAUUUGACAUGAGGGCCAGCAGAGGAGCGUUAUUGUUCUUUUUUUUUACUUGCCCCACAUGGGCUUCAAAUUCACAAAUUCCUUCCAACAAACUGCCUUUGCGGUUAGUUUGUGUAGCUACAAAUAUAAACGUAUCAGUGUUGGGGAUAAGAGUACUCAGAUUACGUUCUUGUGGUAACGAGUAACCUAACGCGUAGGUUUUUCUAUUUAAGUAAUCAGUUACUUAGUUGCUUUUUUUUCCAAAUAAGUAAACUAGUUACUUUUACAAUAUUAUUUCCCUUUUUUUGUUGUUGCCACAAAUAAAAAAUGAAAAUCAUUCCCCCUAGGCUAUGUUCGUCACGCUCUUCCUGUUUCUAGCUAGCAAGACGGCAGAGACAAUAGCCUUUAUAGUGAAAGUAUUCGCAUUAUUUUGAAAAGGACAGAUAUUACCCCUCAAAUCUUGACCGACGCUACUUGCAGGAUUCACACGCAAACACAAGAUCAUCAGGUUCAGGCGAGUGCCUCAUUUUAUUGUCUGGUAAUAAAGCAAACAAUGUGAUCAAAGGUCAAAGGUGAUCAAGGUGAUCAAGUUAGGCUCAGUUGAUAAGACAUUUAUAUUUAUAUAAUAUAUAAAUAUAAAGGAAAGGGCAUUACGCAAUCGUUUUCGAUAGAAUCUCUCUGCCCAGUUCGUAUCUGUGUGUAAAACAGAUUGGUAGCCAGUUGUUCUCGUGUUUGAGCUCUGCUUUUACUGUGCCCAGUUGAGUUUAUAUAAACUAAGUGUAAAAAAACAUUAGCAACACCUAUUCCGCAACACUGAUCCUCCUAAAAGUUUUUUGACGUCAGUAGCCUAAUCAAGGAAGCAUCAUACAGCGCCUUCAGAAAGUAUUCAUACCCCUUGACUUAUUCCACAUGUUGUUACAGCCUGACUUAAAAAUGGAUUCAAUAUUAUUAUUUUUCAACCAUCUACACACAAUACCCCAUAAUGGCAAAGUGAAAACAUGUUACUUAAAUAUAUUAAGAUAUAUUUUCAAAUUUGUUGAAAAUGAAAUACAUAAAUAUUUAAUUUACAUAAGUAUUCAACCCCCUGAGUCAAUACUUGUUAGAAUCACCUUUGGCAGCGAUUACAUCAGAGUUUACAGCUGUGAGUCUUUAUGGGUGAGUCUCUAAGACCUUUGCACACCUGGAUUGUACAAUAUUUGCACAUUAUUAUUUUAAUAUUAUUUAAGCUCUGUCAAGUUGGUUGUUGAUCAUUGCUAGACAGUCAUUUUCAAGUCUUAUGAUAUAUUUUCAAGCCGAUUUAAGUCAAAACUGUAACUAGGCCACUCAGGAACAUUUAAUGUCAUCUUGGUAAGCAACUCCAGUGUAUAUUUGACCUUGUGUUUUAUGUUAUUGUCCUGCUGAAAGGUGAAUUUGUCUCUGUCUGUUGGAAAGCAGACUGAAACAGGUUUUCCUCUAGGAUUUUGCCUGUGCUUAGCUCUAUUCUGUUUCUUUUUACCCUAGAAAACUCCUUUGCCGAUGACAAGCAUAACCAUAACAUGAUGCAUAUCAGGAAUCAGGAUAAGACCCAGAUGCAGACAGUUUGAAUCACAGAUGUUUAUUACAAAACAGGGGGCAGGCAAACGACAGGUCAAGGGCAGGCAGAGGUCAGUUAUCCAGUCAAAAAGGUACAGAACGACAGGCAGCCUCAGGGUAGGCAGAAUAGUGAGAACCAGGAGGACUAGAAAACAGCAACUAGAAAAACUAGAAAAUGGGAAAACACAUUGGUAAGACUUGAUGGGACAAGACGAACUGGCAACAGACAAACAGAAAACACUGGUAUAAAUACACAGGAGACACCUGGUGGGGGGUGGAGACAAGCACAAGACAGGUGAAACUGAUCAGGGCGUGACAAUGCAGCCACCAACAUGUUUGAAAAUAUGAAGAGUGAGACUCAGUGAUGUGUUGGAUUUGCACCAAACAUAACACUUUGUGUUCAGGACAUAAAGUUCAUUUCUUUGCCCCAUUAUUUUGAAGCUUUACUUUAGUGCCUUAUCGCAAACAGGAUGCAUGUUUUGGAAUAUUUGCAUUCUGUACAGGGAAGAGGCUUCCUUUUUUUCACUAUGUCAUUUAGAUUAACUACUACUAGUAUUGUGGAGUAACUACAAUGUUGUUGAUCCAGCCUCAGUUUUCUCCUAUCACAGCCAUUAAACUCUGUAACUGUUUUAAAGUCAGCAUUGGCCUCAUGGUGAAAUCCCUGAGAGGUUUUCUUCCACUCCGGCAACUGAGUUACAUUUACAUUUUAGUCAUUUAGCAGACGCUCUUAUCCAGAGCGACUUACAGUUAGUGAGUGCAUACAUUUUUAUUUUCAUACUGGCCCCCCAUGGGAAUCGAACCCACAACCCUGGCGUUACAAGCGCCAUGCUCUACCAACUGAGCUACACGGGACUACUUUGUGGACCAUGGAGGCAAUGAAUCUGAAGCUCGGCUCGGAAACAGCUUUCAAUAGGCCCACAGCCUCAAGUCUGUACCGUAGGUGCGGGUACUCUCGAUUUCUCUGAGCAGGUGGAUGAUGCUUUCCAGAGAUUUUAUAAUGACACUCACUCGCCAGAUGACCAGUCCAUCGCUGCUCAAGCAGCCGUUUCAGUUUCUCUCCCGUAAAUUGUACAGUUGGUUUCCUGAGAAACUUGUAAAGGGAAUUACACACAUUAAAAAAGUCAUCCAAUGCACCCUCAGAGGACAUACCGUGCACUAUGACUAAAUGCAGAUGGUGGUUAAAGCAAUGCUCAUACGGCACUUCCCGAUUCAGCUUGUCCUGCACUACUCUUUGCAUGCCCCCAUGUUUACCAGACAUCACACUGGUCCCAUCUAACAUUGACUGAGAAUCUUCUCGGUGCUAAGGCCAAGAUUUGUUAGCUCUGACAGGACCGAGUUAGUCAACGAUAAAGCAUCACAUUCUUUACUCGUUGCCAUUGACAGUAGCCGCUCACAAACACGAUUGUUUUCGCCCACAUAACGGAGUACAAUUGAAAUGUUCUCGCACCCGGUUGGGUCUUUAGUCCCAUCCACUUUAAGUGUGUACCAUGAAUCACCUACUUCCUUUACAAUUUCCUCUGUGACUACCUCACUCAUGAGCCCAAUUAUUUCGUUCUGGAUGUCAUGAGAUGUGUAUGUGGCAUUGCAGGGAAUUGUGCUUAAGUCAAGUUCCUUGUCUUUCCAGAGUGUAUAAUCUAACAUCGUCAGGAAUAGUCCACCGGCCCUCUUCAUGACUGUCUUGGUGUGUUUGGACCAUGAUAGUUUGUUGGUGAUGUGGACACCAAGGAACUUGAAGCUCUCAACCUGCUCCACUACAGCCCCGUCGAUGAGAAUGGGGGCGUGCUCGGUCCUCUUCUUUUUCCUGUAGUCCACUAUCAUCUCCUUUGUCUUGAUCACGUUGAGGGAGAGGUUGUUAUCCUGGCACCACAUGGCCAGGUCUCUGACCUCCUCCCUAUAUGCUGUCUCAUCGUUGUGGGUGAUUAGGCCUACCACUGUUGUGUCAUCGGCAAACUUAAUGAUGGUGUUGGAGUCGUGCAUGGCCAUGCAGUCAUGGGUGACCAGGGAGUACAGGAGGGGACUGAGCACGCACCCCAGAGGGGCCCCCGUGUUGAUGAUCAGUGUGGCAAAUGUGUUGUUACCUACCCUUACCACCUGAGGGCGGCCAGUCAGGAAGUCCAGGAUCCAGUUGCAGAGGGAGUUUAGUCCCAGGGUCCUUAGCUUAGUGAUGAGCUUUGAGGACACUAUGGUGUUGAAUUCUGAGCUGUAGUCAAUGAAAAGCAUUCUCACGUAGGUGUUCCUUUUGUCCAGGUGGGAAAGGGAAGUGUGGAGUGCAAUAGAGAUUGCAUCUUCUGUGGAUCUGUUGGGGCAGUAUGCAAAUUGGAGUGGUUCUAGGGUUUCUGGGAUAAUGGUGUUGAUGUGAGCCAUGACCAGCCUUUUGUCGUAUAUGAUGAAUGGUGGCAAUUAUUGCUGUCAACAAAAGGAGUCUGCUCAUACUGAACAUUGAUCAUAAGGUUUAUUCAGACCACAAGCUUCAGCAUGAGUUUACAGACACGCGUGGUCCGGAGAGCAGUGUCCUCCAAUUCUAAUGUCUGCUCUGUCCUAUCUUCUUCGUGUACCCCUAUUUAUAACCAAUGCAACAAGAUGGGCUCCCUCUUCUGGCCAGUUUACAAUACACUUCCUGUCUAUUAUAUGUUUCAUUAUACUAAACAUUGCCUUUUGAUACUAACAUAACCAACAUUCCAUUUCGUCAUGAAAAACAUUUAACAAAGGCAUAAUCUUCAGAUACGAUACUUUCAAAGCACGUCAUGGCUACAGAUGUGAGUGCUAUGGGUCAGUAGUCAUUUAGGCAGGUUACCUUAGUGUUCUUGGGCACAGGGACUAUGGUGGUCUGCUUGAAACAUGUUGGUAUUACAGACUCAGUCAGGGACAGGUUGAAAAUGUCAGUGAAGACUCUUGCCAGUUGGUCAUUGCAUGCUUGAUCACAUAGUCAUCCGGAACAGCUGGUGCUCUCAUGCAUUCUUCAGUGUUGCUUGCCUCGAAGUGAGCAUAGAAGUAAUUUAGCUCAUCUGGUAGGCUCAUGUCACUGGGCAGCUCACGGCUGUGCUUCCCUUUGUAGUCUGAAAUAGUUUGCAAGCCCUGCCACAUCCGACGAGCAUCAGAGCCGGUGUAGUACGAUUCAAUCUUAGUCCUGUAUUGACUCUUUGCCUGUUUGAUGGUUCGUCGGAGGGCAUAGCGGGAUUUCUUAUAAGCGUCCGGGUUAGAGUCCCGCUCCUUAAAGCGGCAGCUCUACCCUUUAGCUCAGUGCGGAUGUUGCCUGUAAUCCAUGGCUUCUGGUUGGGGUAUGUACGUACAGUCACUGUGGGGGCGACAUCAUCGAUGCACUUAUUGAUGAAGCCAGUGACUGAUGUGGUGUACUCCUCAAUGCCAUCGGAAGAAUCCCAGAACAUAUUCCAGUCUGUGCUAGCAAAACAGUCCUGUAGCAUAGCAUCUGCGUCAUCUGUCCACUUUUUUAUUGGCCGAGUCACUGGUGCUUCCUGCUUUAGUUUUUGCUUAUAAGCAGGAAUCAGGAGGAUAGAGUUAUGGUCAGAUUUGCCAAAUGGAGGGCGAGGGAGAGCUUUGUAUGCGUCUCUGUGUGUGGAGUAAAGGUGGUCUAGAGUUUUUUUCCCUCUGGUCGCACAUUUAACAUGCUGGUAGAAAUAAUGUAAACGGAUUUAAGUUUCCCUGCAUUAAAGUCCCCUCUGGAUGAGCGUUUUCCUGUUUGCUUAUGACCUUGUACAUUUCAUUGAGUGCAGUCUUAGUGCCAGCAUCGGUUUGUGGUGGUAAAUAGACAGCUAUAAAAAAAAUAUAGAUUUAAACUCUCUUGGUAAAUAGUGUGGUCUACAGUUUAUCAUGAUAUACUCUACCUCAGGCGAGCAAAACUUCGAGAUGUCAUCGUUCAGCCACGACUCGGUGAAACAUAAGAUAUUACAGUUUUUAAUGUCCCAUUGGUAGGAUAUCCGUGAUCUUAGUUUGUCUAUUUUGUUAUCCAAUGAUUUUACAUUGGCUAAUAGGACUGAUGGUAGAGGCAGAUUACACACUCACCGUCGGAUCCUUACAAGGCACCCCGACCUACAGUGAGGGAAAAAGGUAACACCUACCAUUAAAAUUAUAGACUGAUCAUGUCUUUGUCAGUGGGCAAACAUACAAAAAUCAGCAGGGGAUCAAAUACUUUUUUUCCUCACUGUACGUCCCCAAUAUCUCUGUCUCCUUCUCAUGCGAAUGACGGGGAUUUGGGCAUUGUCUGGUGUCUGAAGAAAAUCCUUUGCGUCCGAUUCGUUCAAGAAAAAAAAUCUUUGUCCCUUACCAGGUGAGUAAUCGCUGUCCUGAUAUCCAGAAGCUAUUUUCGGUCAUAAUAGACGGUGGCAGAAACAUUAUGUCACGAUCGUCGUAAAGGAGAGUAGACCAAGGCGCAGCGUGUGAAACGAACAUGACUUUAUUUAAUUAAAGUACUAAAUACAAACAAAACACGACUCGUGAAGUCCACGGUUACACUGACCGAAUAAGGAACAAAAACCCACAACACCCAAAGGAAAACAUACAGAUUAAAUAUGGCUCCCAAUCAGAGACAACCAGCCCACAGCUGACACUCGUUGCCCCUGAUUGGGAGUCAUUAUCUCAAACAUAGAAAUACACCCAAUGAAUGAACACACCCUGGCUCAAUAUACAGAGUCCCAGAGCCAGAGUGUGACAGUACCCCCCCCUAAAGGCGCGGACUGCGACCGCGCCUCAACUAAACAAAACAGGGGAGGGCUGGGCGGGCAUACCUCCUCGGCGGCGGUUCUGGCUCCGGCCUUGACCACCACCCUCCGAUACACUCCCCAUAGUGCCCCUGGUCCAGUCUGUCGACUUGCACCCCUUUCUUGGUGCGUGGAGGAGGAACGGGCCUUAUCAGGCUGACUUCUCGCACCCCUGGCUUAGUGCGAGUGGCAGGAACAGACCGGACCGGGCUGGCGACGCGCACCGUAUGUUUGGUGCGAGUGGCAGGAACAGGCCGGGUCGGGCUGGCGACGCGCACCGUAGACUUAGUGCGGGUGGCAGGAACAGGCCGGACCGGGCUGGCGACGCGCACCGUAUGUUUGGUGCGAGUGGCAGGAACAGGCCGGGUCGGGCUGGCGACGCGCACCGUAGACUUAGUGCGGGUGGCAGGAACAGGCCGGACCGGGCUGGCGACGCGCACCGUAUGUUUGGUGCGAGUGGCAGGAACAGGCCGGGUCGGGCUGGCGACGCGCACCGUAGACUUAGUGCGGGUGGCAGGAACAGGCCGGACCGGGCUGGCGACGCACACCGUAGACUUUGUGCGUGGAGCAGGGACAGGCCGGGCUGGGCUGGCGACGCACACGUAGGCUUUGUGCGUGGAGCAGGGACAGGCCGGGCUGGGCUGGCGACGCACACCGUAGGCUUUGUGCGUUGAGCAGGGACAGGCCGGGCUGGGCUGGCGACGCACACCGUAGACUUUGUGCGUGGAGCAGGGACAGGCCGGGCUGGGCUGGCGACGCACACCGUAGGCUUUGUGCGUGGAGCAGGGACAGGCCGGGCUGGGCUGGCGACGCACCCCGUAGGCUUGGUGCGUGGAGCAGGGACAGGCCGGGCUGGGCUGUCGACGCACACCGUAGGCUUGGUGCGUGGAGCAGGGACAGGCCGGACUGGGCUGGCGACGCACACCGUAGGCUUGGUGCGUGGAGCAGGGACAGGCCGAACCGGGCUGUGGAGACGGAUAGGAGGCCUGGAGUGAAGAGCGGCCACCACCCGUCCUGGCUGAAUGCCUACCCUCACACACUCUGUGUGAGGCAUCCGCACAGGACUUACAGGGCGGUGUACCCCUGGCCUGGUGGCCUUCUGGAUCCGCCCCCUUUUCUCCUCCAUCAGCCCCGUCGUCCAUGCCGUGUGCCCCCCCCUAAAAAAUUUCUGGGGUUGCCUCACGACCGUCCGACGACGACCCUGAUCACGCCGUAGCUCCUCUCUACGGCGCGCCUCUACCGUCUCUUCUCCCGGCGCUUCCUCCCAUGUCCACCCCAAGGGCUGCCCCUGGACACGCUGCUUGGUCGUUGCAUGGUGGGUUUUUCUGUCACGAUCGUCGUAAAGGAGAGUAGACCAAGGCGCAGCGUGUGAAACGAACAUGACUUUAUUUAAUUAAAGUACUAAAUACAAACAAAACACGACUCGUGAAGUCCACGGUUACACUGACCGAAUAAGGAACAAAAACCCACAACACCCAAAGGAAAACAUACAGAUUAAAUAUGGCUCCCAAUCAGAGACAACCAGCCCACAGCUGACACUCGUUGCCCCUGAUUGGGAGUCAUUAUCUCAAACAUAGAAAUACACCCAAUGAAUGAACACACCCUGGCUCAAUAUACAGAGUCCCAGAGCCAGAGUGUGACACAUUAUGUAUCCAAGUUAAGUUUAUAAUAAGUUACAAAUAACACACAAAAAACACACAAAAUAGCACAAUUGGUCAGGAGCCCGUAAAACGGCAGCCAUCUCCUCCGGUGCCAUUUUUUACAAUGCCCUUUGCGAGGCAUUGGAAAACCUCCCUGGUCUUUGUGGUUGAAUCUGUGUUUGAAAUGCACUGCUCGACUGAGGGACCUUACAGAUAAUUGUAUGUGUGGGGUACAGAGAUGAGGUAGUCAUUCAACUAUCAUGUUAAACACUAUUAUUGCACACAUUUUUACUCCUGAACUUAUUUAGGCUUGCCAUAAUAAUACUUAUUGACUCAAGACAGUCAGCGUUUCAUUUUUUAUUAAUUUGUAAAAAUCUCUAAAAACGUAAUUCCACUUUUGACAUUAUGGGGUAUACAGUGACAACAUCUUUAAUCAAUUUUAAAUUCAGGCUGUAACACAACAAAAUGUGGAAAAAGUCAAGUGUGAAUACUUUCUGAAGGCACUAUAUUUUGCCACACUGCACUUUAAACUGAGGCACGGGUAACAAUAUAAACUUUAAAACCCCCAGAAAAAAAUAAAAAAUAUAUAUACAAAAAUAAAAAUAUAUAUAAACCUUGAAGUUGGAGGUUUUAGAAUCUCCCUUUGGUGGCCAACUUGACCUGUUUAACAAAUGAGAUUGGAUGGUGGCUCUACCAUAUAAGGUCUUUGAUAGGUUGAUUCGUUAUUCUGUUAACGGAUAUAAUUUUGCUCAGGUGGUCGUCCUCAGCAUAGUGGCUAAUUGUUCCAGGUUGGCCUAUGAGAAAAGCUAGCAGCUAGCCAUUUUAGACCACAGGUAUAAACCUCGGGUCUAAGCAAAAGUUUGAGAGUAUGACCCCGUUGAGUCUCCUGCUGAGUUAAUAUAUUUAUUUAUUUUAUCAGAUAAGGAACUGCUGAUUGUACCUUUAAGGACAACAUGCAAUAACUUUAAUCCCUGCAAACUGAGAAGAAUAUUUAACUCUCAUUGUUGCAUACAGUAACACAGAGACAAUAUGUUCACAAAGGUAAUCUGAAUAACAGUACUAUCAUGUAAGAAAUAGAUUUUACCCAUAUUAUAUAUUUUUGGUCCUUGUUUUUCUCCUUCAUCAAAGGUAUCACACUCUGGGAUGCUGAGAUGCUGCAGAAACAAAGAAAUGUCUCUCCACAACCAAACACAGAAUUCAAAGUCCUUGCUACAGACUCAACUGAACACAAGUCGGAGGCUUUGAAUGUGUCUGCAUCUCUGGAAGCCAGCUUCCUAUGCGGCUUAGUCAGUGUAAAAGGUUCUGCUGAAUUCCUACAUGACAAAAAGACCUCAAAGCGUCAGUCUAGGGUUUCUCUGCAGUACCGUACCACCACUCGCUUCGAGCAGCUGACCAUGGACCACCUGGGGGCAGGAAAUGUGAAACACUGUAAUGUCUUACAAGAGGGCUCUGCAACCCAUGUGGUGACUGCCCUGCUCUACGGAGCGCAGGCCUUUUUCGUUUUUGACCAAGAGGUUUCCUCAGGAGAAAACCACCAGGACAUCCAAGGAAACCUGCAGGCCAUGAUAAAAAAGAUCCCUCUCAUAUCAAUAGAAGGGCAGGCAAAGUUGAAGAUGAGUGAGGAAGAGCAGAGGGAGGCCAAUAAAUUCAACUGCACUUUCCAUGGUGAUUUUGCACUGGAAAACAACCCUGUCACAUUUGAAGAUGCCAUCAGGGUGUAUGCUGGCCUGCCACAUCUGCUAGGGGAGAACGGAGAACACGCUGUGCCCAUGACCGUCUGGCUCUAUCCUCUCAAGAACCUGGACUCUGCAGCUGCCCAGCUAGUCAGGCAGAUCAGUGUUAGCCUGGUGCGUCGCGCACAGCGAAUCUUGGACGGACUGGACAAUACUGAUGUACAAUGCCAGGACCUGAUGAAGGAAGACAUGGCUAUCAAGUUCCCUGAAAUCAAAGCCAAGCUCAACAAGUUCAAGGACUUGUGCUCAGAGUACAAGCUGGUGUUCCAGAAAAGCCUCUGCAAGGUCCUUCCCACAAUACGAGGAGGAGGGAUGGAGGAAGAAGAGCUGAUAACAAUGCUUAACAGCAAGGAACGCUCUCCAUUCCAGAAUUACCUUAUGAGCACGUACCUGGACGACAGAGAGAGAGAGAUGAAUGUUGUCAGUUCCUACCUUGACAUAAUGAAAGAGUUUCAAGUUGUGUCAUCCAAGGGUGACUUUGAUAAAAUAGUGCUUGAUCAAGCUAAUGAUUAUGUCGUUUGUUUUGCAUUGUCAUCUUUGAAGGAGGAAGAGGAGUACCUGGGAGACUUGGAGAAGUACUUGUUGGAGGAAUCAAAGAGUGCUGGUUCUCAGUUGCCUUACAACCACAACAUAGCUGAGAAACCUGGUGCAGAAAAGUGGUUUCAUUCUGGGGAAGUAACCACGCUAACCAGGCAAACCAUAAAUCUGUUCCUAGACUUUAAAGAAUCAAACAAAGGCAGAGAAAAUCUUGCAUUCUGCAUCGCUUCAAUUCCAGACAAACUCAUCACUGCAUCUUCCAUCCAUGUCUAUGAGAGAGGGACACUUUUGAGUCCACAGUUUGAGCUGCCAUCAAAGCCAGGUGUCCCCACCAUCAAGAAUCUGGAGCAUGACUGUGUCCACUUGCAAAUCAAACCUCCCAACCUUGGCGUCAAAUCUGUGGAGUCGUACCAGGUUUUGUACCAGGCUGUGCAGGCUGACUCUGAGUGGACCGAGGUCAUCACUGAUGCUACAACUAACCAGGUCACCGUCAAGCAUUUGGAUCCCUACAAAGAGUAUCGCUUCAGCUGCAGGGCGGUGUGUAGACCUGGUCUGAGCUUCUCCAGUGAAUGGACAGAUUAUGUAAGGACCCGCCCAUGCAGUCCUCCUGGACCACCCACAGAGAAGAGCAUAGAGUUAGGCAGUAUCAAGGUGAGCUGGGACAUUCCCACUGUUGUGGGGAAAGAUGUUGCUGUCAUUGGUUAUGUGGUUGAAUACAGAGAGUGUGCAAAGGCUGCAAACAAUCAGAUGUGGCACACCAACAAAACCACCACCAGAGAGUGUACACUGAAGGGACUGGAAGCUGACACUGCGUACAGUGUCAGAGUGUCUGCUAACUGUGGUGAAAAUGGGAAGAGUCUACCCAGUCCUGAGACGGUACUGACCACCAUUGGGGAGUCUGAUCCCACACCAAAACCAAGCAAAUUGACGGGAGCAAAAAGUGAGCGAUUCCUCAAACAAUCAGCGAAAUUGCAGAAAGGAAACCCCUCAAUCCAUAAGCUGAUGCUGGGGAAGAAAUUUGGUCAAAAUUUGAGUUUUGACCAUUACAUGUUUGGCAGGAAAGUGGAGCAAGUGAAUAACAAGGUCAUAUUGCUUCUGGGGGCCACAGGUGCAGGAAAAACAACUCUGGUCAAUGUCAUGAUAAACUACAUUCUUGGGGUAGAGUGGGAAGACUGUUACCGCUUUAAGCUCAUCCAUGAGCUGACAAACAAGUCACAGGCUGAAAGCCAGACUUCAGUUGUGACAUCAUACGAGCUCUACAACCAGCCAGGCUUCCAGAUUCCUUAUUCACUGACCAUCAUUGACACACCAGGGUUUGGAGACACCAGAGGAAUGGCACAAGAUAAAUUGAUCACAGAGCAAGUGAAGGAAUUCUUGUGUAACCCAUUAGGGAUUGAUCACAUUGAUGCAGUCUGCUUCGUAGUUCAGGCACCCCUCGUCCGUCUUAGUGCAAAUCAGAAGUACAUUUUUGACUCCAUCCUGUCAAUCUUUGGAAAGGACAUUGCUGAAAACAUAUUGAUGCUUGUGACAUUUGCUGAUGGGAAAGACAUACCAGUGCUAGGGGCGAUCCAAGCUGCAGAGUUGCCCUGUCAGAAGAACAAGAAGGGACUUCCAACUCAUUUCAAAUUCAACAAUUCAUCUUUGUACACACAAAAAAGGGAGAAAGGGGAUAGUUCUGAUGAAAAUGAUUCAGAUGAUGAUGAUGGGGAACGGCUAGAGAAGAUUGUCUGGAGGUCAACUUUUAAGCAGAUGAAGGCUUUCUUCAACACCUUGGAAACUAUUGAAUGCAAAGAUCUGACACUAACCAAGAAAGUGCUGGAAGAACGUGAGCGUCUGGAGAGGGCCAUGAGCCGGCUAACCCCUCAGAUCACUGCAGGUCUGUCAAUGCUGAAUGAGAUCAAAAGCUUCAAACAGUGUCUGGAGAAUGAUGAUGAGAACAUGAAACAGAACCAAGACUUUGAGAAAGAGGUAGAUGUUCUAGUGGCUGUGAGAACCAAAUUAAAUUGUUUUGCUACAAACUGUAACACAUGUCAAUUCACAUGCCACACAUGCUGCUAUCUCACAGAUGAGGAUAACAUCAAAACUUGUGCUGUGAUGGAUGCCAAUGGCAAGUGUGUCAUGUGUCCAGGAAACUGCUCUGAGGCUGUGCACGAAAGGGAAAAAGCCUUAUGGACAUAUGAAACUAAGACAGAGAAAAAGACGAUUCAAGAACUGAAGGACAACUUCAUGAAGUCACAGGGCAAGUUUAUGUCCAACAAGCAGAUGCUGGAGCAGCUUGAGGAUGAGUUCCAUGUGAUCGAGGAAAAGCUGAUAUAUUUGAUCAAGUUGUCCUCCAACUGUCUUAAGAGGUUAAAUGAUAUUGCACUGAAGCCAAGCUCUAUCUCCACUGUGGAGUACAUCGAGAUACUCAUUCACACAGAGGAGGAUGAAUGCAAGCCAGGCUUCGAGGAUCGGAUCAUUGGGUUGAAGAAGAUGAAAUACGAGUCUGAGAUUCUGGAGAAGAUCGCGAGAGGAGAAAAUGUUCUCCCAGAAGAGCGACGCAGAGUUAAGGAGAAACAAGACAGACUUAAGGUGAUUGUAACAAGAGUAAAAAAAAUGCAAGACGUACUCAGAGCUUGGACAGGAGAAACUUAA